AUGGCCACAGACAAUACCCCUUCCACGCCGUCCAUUUUCCGCACGCUCAUCAAUGGAUCCCAUAUUCUUCAUCAACACGGGAUCCUCGACGCCUAUGGUCACCUUUCUGUGCGGCACCCAGAGAAAACGAACACCUUUUUGAUGCCUCGCAAUAUGGCUCCCGCGCUCAUGUCUUCGAGAGCCGACAUCGUGGAAUAUCAGGUAGAUGAUGCUUCCCCCGUUGACCCUACUAGUCCACCUGGCUAUGUCGAGCGUUUCAUCCACAGUGAGAUAUACAGAAGAUAUCCGGAGAUUCAUAGCGUGAUUCACAGCCACUCGCCCGCCAUUCUUCCCUUCACCAUUACAGGUGUUGAACUACGUCCAUGCGUGCAUAUGGCAGGCUUCCUAGGAAGCCGUGUCCCCAUGUUCGACAUCGCAGAAUUCUACUCGGAAGAAGACGUCCGCGAUCUCCUGAUCAGAAAUCAACGGCUAGGGAAAGACCUGUCGGCGUGCUUCGAGAGCAGCGAAAACUCCCACCCCUCGGUAGUUCUGAUGCGAGGGCAUGGCUUUACUGUUAUUGGGGGCGGCAUUGAAGAGUGUGUUUUUAGAGCUAUCUAUACGGCUGAGAAUGCCCGGGUGCAGACUGCUUCUCUCACCGUUCAGCUUGCUGCCGGCACUGCCCCAUUGAAGAAUAAUGAGGCAUUGUAUUAUCUGCAAGACUCGGAGCUGGUCGCUACAACGCAGAUGACGCGGUGGUCGGUCAUGAGACCGUGGAAUUUGUGGGUGCGCGAAACUGAGGCAAAUCCACUGUACAUAAAUAAUGCUUAG